AUGGAAGGCUUUCUUUCCUUUACAGUCCUUAUACUCCUUUCACUGGUACACAGCUCCCAGGGAGUCUAUGUCCAGGAUGGCGACUUGAAAUUCUCCCUUGAAUCUGUGAAGAAGCUAAAGGAGCUCAUGGAUGAGAACAGAAGCAUUAACCCUCGCAUGGUGGCUUCAAAGACUACCUAUUCUCCAUGCAAAGAAAAAGAUCUUCCUGAGGAGUUCCAAGCUGUGUGUAAAAGAGAAGAUGCACCCAUGAUUUUCGAGAGGCUGAGCACAGCUGUCAGAGAAGCUGAUUUGUGUGAAAUCUGUGCCAAUGCUGCCUGCUCUGGUUGCUUUUGA